ACAUGCCGUUCUUACUAGUUACUACUAAGACUCGAGAUAGCGGUUUCUGGUUUACAAAUUUUAAAACCAUUUUGAUUAGAUAAUUUUGUGAUAAUAAUUAAUUACUUGAAUUAAUGUAAGAAAUCAUAAAAUGAACUCAUUAUUACGGAAUUGUGUAAGACCCUCAUGUCGCGCUUUUUCAAUAACACCAGCAAAACACUGUGCUGUUCCUCCUAAACGAGCCCCGAAAAAAUAUUUUGGGCCAGUAACAUGGAAAUCAAUGGGAGUAACUGCACUUGUUGCGGGAGGAUUAACUAGUUUCAUGCUUUAUGUUAGAAAAGAAAAACAAGAAGCCUUAGAUCGUGAAAGAAAACGGCAGCUAGGCAAAGCCAAAAUAGGCGGUUCCUUCGAACUGGUCGAUUCCGAGGGUAAAACAGUAAAAAGCACAGACUUUUUAGGGAAAUGGUUAUUGAUAUAUUUUGGAUUUACACACUGUCCUGAUAUUUGCCCAGACGAGUUAGAAAAGCUUGCAGAAGUUGUUGAUAGACAUGAUAAAACGCCAUCGUCUCCACCUCUACAACCCUUGUUCAUUUCUGUUGAUCCUCAGAGGGACACUCCAGAGAUUGUUGGAAAAUAUUGCAAGGAGUUUACACCACGUCUACUUGGUCUGACAGGCACAAAGGACCAAGUACAACAGGCCUGCCGGUCUUACAGAGUCUAUUUCAGUGCAGGACCACAAGACGAUGAUAAUGAUUAUAUUGUUGACCACACCAUUAUAAUAUACCUAGUAGAUCCUAAUGGUGAAUUUGUUGAUUAUUAUGGCCAAAACAGAAAUGCAAAAGAAAUUCAUGACUCUAUGUUGGUAAAUAUUCAGAAGUAUGAAGCUGCAAAGAAUUCCUGGUUUUGAAGCACAAAGAUUAAUUAUUUGCAUUUAAGUGUGUUAAAAUAGAAAUAGGUAUAUAUUUUUAACAUUAAAUUAUUUAAAAA